CAUUCCUCCGCACAAGAGGCAAACAAAGGGUUCACCGUCCAUUGGAACUAACUCCUGCACCGGAGUCUCUGAUGCCUGCUAGCUUCAGGAAAAAAGUAAAUCUCAAUUCGUUUUGGGAUCAUCACAAGAGAAAAAAGGACCAGAUUUUUCGCACGAGCAACGUCGUUUACAGUGAUGAUGCCGUCUUGAGAUGGUUCUCCGUUGGCUUGCCUGAUCAUUCUCGAUUUUCGUCUCUUCUGACUCUCCAACCUGUUCCAGUUGACUCCUUUGAGCUAAGAUCAGGCCAAAAACCUCUCUGGUUGUUUUUAUCUCAAGGUUGCAGUGAAGGAACGAAUGAGCUUAUAGAUACACCAUGGCUUUUUGUUGCUGCAAAUGUGAAACAGGACUUAUUUUUGUCAUUUCAACAUAUGAAGCGUGAAAUGGAGGAAGCUGAUAUGGCACAAGUAAAGCCCUCUGUAGUUGCCCGUUUUGGAAAAGUUUUCUUUUAUGGGAUUUCUUCAGCUUGUAAAGAAUCUCUAAAAACUAACUCAUUGAUUGAGAGUACUUUGAGAGAAAUGAAAAGAUCUUUCCAUACGGAUGUUCCUUCUUCAUAUAUGAGUUACAUAGAAAAUCAAGUAGUGAAGAAACUCGGUCUAGAAUAUAUUCAAUGGAAAGAAUUAUACUACGUUAAGCUUUCCGAUAAGUUGAGGCCUGAAUCAACUGUUUCCUGCAAAUGUACUAUGGCAAAAGUUGUGGAUGAAGAGAUUAAUGAACUUAAAGAUCUUAUUGGUUCCACCAUUUUGGAUUCAGAAGUCCAGGGUGGCUUGAGAUGGCCCUUUGGCAAGAUUUCUUCUGGUGGUCGAUAUGUUGUUAUUGGUAUUGGUCACACAACUUCAAAAUCAUAUAGAAAUUCAUCAAUUAGGUUUAAGCUUCGGCAUGCAGAUCGAUUUGAUUUCAGAUCUACGACUGGUGAGGUUACAAAGGAGAUUUUCCUGAAAAUACCUGGAAUUAUAUCCCAGUUACGAAAGCAAACAGUCGGCGAAAGCCUUGUGUUUGAAUUGCUUGAAGACAACCUGAAGUUAAUCUAGGAUCACUGUUUGUUGGAUGGUUCUUCAAGCUGAUCGUGUUUUGUUGAAUGGUCUGCCGAAUCUUCUAGAUGUUUAACUUUCACAAGUUGUGUACGGUUGGUGAAGGCAGGCUUAAUCAUUUUUUGCAGUUGUGGGAUGUGCAGAAUAUAGAUUGUUGAGAUUAGAACUAGAGUUUGAACGAAAACACUGAAAUGUUAUUGAACUAUGUAGUUUUGGAAUGGAAUGAACUGAGCAGGGCCUUGGAUGUUAGUAAGGAGCAUCGGUUAUUGAU